CAGUAGUUCGUUCGAUUUUUCCAACUAAAGGAAGAAAGGGCAGAUACAAACACGAUAGCUGAAACCAACCAAAGCUUGAAACUUGCAAUUGCUUGAGACUUGAGACUCUGAAAGUUGCCAUCUUUACAGAACAAAGAUGGACGAGGCAUCGUCGUCGUCGUUGACGAUCAAAAACAAAAAGGACAUGAAACGGCCCCAAACGACGGCGGGGUUGUUAUCGCCGAUAAACGACGACCUUAUCUACAACAUCCUCUCGCGCUUGCCCGCCUUAUCCUUCGCAUCGGCGGCGUGCGUUAGCAAAUCCUGGAACCAAAUCUGCAGUCGAAUCCUCUCUCGCCCAAAACUCGCCUCUGCCCUCUCUCUCCACCCCUCGCCUAAGGCUGCUGUGAAAGAGGUUAUCGAGAAGGUUCUAGCUGAGCCGAUACGACCUCAUUUCGUUGUAGCUAAUAUUGGCAGUGGGUUUCGCUUGUAUGAAAUUUUCAAGCUUAUAUCAAAAAAAUUGGGGUCCAACGUUCCGUUUAUCAUUUCUACUUCAAGCGGAAUUAUUGGAAGGGAUGCUCUUACCCAUGAAUUCAAAGAGGUUAAGUGGGGAGAUGUUUGUGGUGAUGGAAGUGAUGAAGAUUGCUCUAUACCAGCAAAGGAUGUGAACUACGGCAUCCUUUUGACAGUUGGCUUUGUGCCGGGAUUGAAAGUUGAUGCUAUUCCACUGUUAAGAUCAACAAAGGAACCUCGAGAGGUCUUGCUUGAUAAAUUCAUCAUGGAUAUUAAAGAUUACACAGCCUCUGUUUCAGGUUGCACCUUCCCUGUUGGAAUUAUGAUGUUUGGAGAUGGGCUUAUUAACAUGAAACCAAUAAUUGAUGCAUUGGACUAUUCUAUGCCUAUGGAAACGGUCAUUGUGGGUGAUGAGAGAGGUCGCUUUUUGUAUAGAAGUGGGAAUGAGUCUAGAAAUGUCUGUGGGAGUGCAAAAAACUUUUCAGAUGCUGUUGCUCUUAUAUUUGCCAGGGACAAAGACAAGCCAUCUGGUAUGGGAGAUAUUCAAUUCCAAAUUGCAUUGUCAAAAGGAGUGUCAACAGUAGGUCCCAGGCACAAGGCUGUUUCUGUUAAAGAGAACAACUGUGAGCAUUCUACUUGGCUAACUGCUAGAAGAGAAGGACACCCAGAGAUUCUUGAUGGUCAACAACUUCUUAAUGACAUCAACGAUGAGUUAGAAGAUUAUGCUGAUUCUUCUGAUCUAUACGUUGGGGUUAUAAAACGAAGAAAUAUCUCCAUGGGAUCAGAGAAGCCAAGAAUGAUUACGUCCUUAGAAUUCCACGGAGUUGUAGGAGGAGAUGAUGAGUACCUUUAUGUCAGUGGUGUUGGCAUUAAAACUGCCGAUUACUUCCAUUUCUAUCGUUCUGACCCCGAAUCUGCAUUAUCUUCAUGUAACAAUGUCUCCUCAAGCCUUAAAAAGUUGAAGUCAGAUGAAGAUUCAAAACAUCGUCGUCAUAUAAGUGAAGUAUUUGGGGGUUUUAUGUUCGCUUGUUGUGGCCGUGGUGAGUCAUUCUUCGGACGCGUCAAUGUUGAUGGUUCUCCUUUCGUGGAGAACUUCCCUGGGGUUCCACUGGCAGGAAUAUUUUGCGGGGGAGAAAUUGGACGUGGCCCUUCAAGGUUGACUGGGGAAGCACAUAAAGAUAGUGAUGCUCGUUGCAAUAUGCAUGUUUAUAGCACCAUUUAUCUUGUACUAUCAUAUACUCCAGUACCAUUGGAGCAUUAGAUGUUUGACGCUCGCUCGACUGUAAUUUGGUUGCUUAUGCUUGACUCAUUUUCCUUAUUUUUCUUUAUUUCUUUUAACCUUUACUUUAGUUGAACACAACUAUUUACACUUUGGUUGCACUGUUGAUGAUCAAUGAACUAUUUGUAUGACCCCGAAAUUAAUUUGCAUUGGGUGUUUUCUUUU